AUGGACCAACAGCAGCACCAUCCUUUGGGUGACGAUCACAGUCCUAUAGCCCCUCCUUAUUUCUACACGCAGGAGCAGGACCCUUCCUAUAACAUCUCCUACAAUCCCCAGAUGGGUUCCUAUUCAGUACCUCAACACGCCCCCCAGCCGCGUCAAAUGGAUAUUCACCAGCAAGGAAUUCAGCAGUAUCACAACCUCUCGUUGAUUAACCCCCAUCAAUACCAACCUGCAGGCGUGUAUAACUCAUCGCCGCCUCAUGGUUCCCUGCCCCUAGCUGGCUCUCCCCCUCCUCCUUCACCCGAUCUUAUGUACGAUCCCUUGUCGCCCCCUGUCUCUGGAUCAGACACAUCGGCAGACGGAAUAUACCACCAUUCAAACAGCAGUGGUGCAAACUCGCCCUCUUCUUCACGAGGCAACAGUCUAGUUCAUCGGCACACCCGUUAUAACCCUACUCCCUCCCCUACCAGCUCAGCCGGACGCCGACGUGGCCGAUCUCACGAUUCUGACGACGACGACGGAAUGGGUGUUACAUUUGUCGAGAACCUUGCUCACACUAGAAAAGAGGCUACCCGGAGGCAGCGGAUUGAAGCAGAGCAGCGUCGGAGAGACGAAUUGCGCGAUGGUUAUGCGAAAAUGAAAGAUGUUCUCCCCGUUUCAAAUCAAAAGAGUAGCAAAGUAUCUCUGCUGGAACGAGGUAAGGGUCUUCUAUAUUACCUUGGCUUAACCUCUCAUCGUCUCCUCCGUGUAGCUACCAACCAUAUUCUAGCACUCGAGAAGGCCAAUAAAGAGAUGCAAGCCCGCAUCGCUACUCUGGAGCAGGAAAUGCAGAGGCUUCGAGCCAUUAACGAGAAGAUUUCACUCGGCUCGAACGACACGCCGUCGCCUAGAACAUUUGAUGGCAAUAGACCCUUGUCGCCCCCACCUGACGCCCCUGUAGCAGGUCAUUCUCUAGCCUCUGUCAGAGGCCAGGAACCACCCUCGGAGCAUUCAAGUCCAUCAGCUUUCACAUGCGCAACUCUCUUAUUUCUCUGCGGCAUGCACUUUUGGGGAAUGGUACCUGUUAUUAUUUUGGGAGGGUGGACGCCUGGGAUCGCGUUCAGCACCACGCGUCGUCGCAGUAUCCCUCGUCUCGACCCCCGUGAGAGGACUGGCGGUUUGGUUGUCGUAGGCUGGAUUGCAAGGACAUUCGAAGCGUGUUUGAUGCCAAGGUCACCUGCCAUCUCGUUGAUCGAUCGAAAAACCCUCGAAGGCAACGGAUUCUCUGGAGAAUCCAAUCCUUGUCGAUACUUCUAG